AGGUCGGGGCUUCAAGUGUGUUCCGCUCUCUGCAGCUCAGUUUCAUCUCUAUCUUAUUAAUGAUCUCCCCUAUUUGUUGUGCUAUAUACAAAGUAGUGGUUUACAUCUCUUAAGCAUUCACGAUUUCAACAUCGACUCGUGUGUGUAAGUAUAAAAGGUGUUAGUCGCAUUGAGAACACUGAUUAUUGCCACAGCAGUCGACGCACGCAGAUCGGACCAGUUACAAUAUUUUCAAAAAGUGAACAGAGUUGAGGGUAUCACUGAAAAAAUGGUUAUCGCUAACAGUAACAUCAUCUUUGUCGCUGGUCUGGGUGGCAUUGGCCUGGACACCAGUCGCGAGAUUGUCAAGAGUGGCCCCAAGAACCUGGUGGUGCUUGAUCGCGUUGACAACCCCGCUGCCAUUGCCGAGUUGAAAGCCCUUAAUCCCAAGGUGACCAUUACAUUCUAUCCCUAUGAUGUAACCGUGCCGUUGGCUGAAACCAAAAAGCUAUUGAAGACAAUCUUCGACAAGCUGAAGACAGUUGAUCUGCUCAUCAAUGGCGCUGGUAUCCUGGACGAUAAUCAGAUUGAGCGCACAAUUGCGGUGAAUUUUACAGGUACAGUGAACACCACAACUGCGAUCUUGGAUUUCUGGGACAAGCGUAAGGGCGGCCCAGGUGGUGUUGUUGCCAACAUUUGCUCAGUAACUGGAUUCAACUCCAUCUAUCAGGUGCCCGUUUACUCUGCCUCAAAAGCGGCUGCUCUAAGCUUCACCACUUCCAUUGCGAAAUUGGCGCAUAUUACUGGCGUUACGGCAUACUCCAUCAACCCGGGCAUUACCAAGACUGUUCUGGUGCAUAAAUUCAACUCCUGGCUCGGUGUUGAGCCACGCGUUGCCGAGCUACUGCUUGAGCAUCCCACACAGACAACACUGCAGUGCGCACAGAACUUUGUGAAGGCCAUUGAGGCCAACCAGAAUGGUGCUAUCUGGAAACUGGAUCUUGGCCGUCUGGAUGCAAUCGAAUGGACCAAGCACUGGGACUCAGGCAUCUAAACUGUGCAUGAAAUCCGUACAAGGAGUGAAACUGCAUUUAACAUACCAUUGUCAAAAUUUGAUAAGAAGUAUAUAUUCAUUCAAAUCACCGUUAUGUACGAAAGCAUAAAUUCCUUUCUUCUGUUUAUAAUUAAACUAACACAACAAAAAAGUGGCACGUACGGGCAAACAUUAA